AUGACAAAUUUAAUUCAAGAAGGUUCAAAAGUUAUACUUUAUUUGGGCUAUAAUAAUUUACAUGUUAUUAAAGUGAAAACCAAUGAAGUAUAUCAAACAAAAUUCGGUGCCUUAAAACAUAAUGAUCUAGUUGGUAAAGAAUUCGGAAGUAAAAUCAUGUGCACGAAAGGCUAUAUUCAUGCAUUAUCUGUCAUACCAGAGCUAUGGACAUUGGCAUUACCACAUCGUACUCAAAUUCUUUAUAUGGCUGAUAUUAGUUUAAUUCUACUUGAACUAGAUAUUAAACCAGGUUCAAUCGUUAUUGAAGCAGGAACUGGUAGUGGAUCGUUGUCUCAUUCAAUAAUACGUUCUUUACGUCCAAAUGGUCAUUUAUAUACAUUUGAAUUUCAUGAACUUCGCUCGACUUUGGCUCGAAAUGAAUUUGAGGAACAUGGUCUAUCACAAUUUGUUACAGCUCAACAUCGUGAUGUACUAGAAAAAGGCUUUGAACAUGAAAAUAUAGCUGAUGCAGUUUUUCUUGAUCUUCCAGCACCAUGGAAUGCCAUAGAGCAUGUCAUGAAAGUUCUAAAAAAAUCAGGUGGACGUUUAUGUACAUUUUCACCAUGUAUUGAACAAGUUCAACGUACUUGUCAAAGAUUGAGUACGAAUGGUUUUGAAGAAAUCAAUACAGUUGAGUGUCUACGUCGUGUACAUGAAUUUCGUUAUCAACAUCGAAGUAGAAUUAAUUUUACUGCUGAUCAAAAUCAAGAAGCAAAAAUUGAUACACACUCAAACAAGAGAGAACCAAACGAUGAUGAUGUUGAUGAAAAUGAUGAUGAAGAGAAAACACCAAAUAAAAAACUUAAAAAUGAUUCAGAAACAACAGCUAAAAGACAACCAAGAGAAACUGAAUCAAUGUUGACAGCUAUUGGUCCUUUAGUAAUGCCUGGUCAUACAGGCUAUUUGACUUUUGCUUAUCUAAAACAGAAUUAA